AUGAGUGGGAUCAAGGACAUCAACGCCGUGAUCCAGCAGAUCCACAGGGACCAGGAUCUCACCCAGGAGGUGGGCAUGGAGCACUUCCUGAAGAAGGUGGAGGCCGCUCAUUGCGCCGCCUGUGACCUGUUCCUGCCCAUGCAGUUCGGAACCAUCCAGAAACACCUGAAAUCCCUGGAUCACAACCACAACCGCAGGGCCAUGCUGGAGCAAUCCAAGAAAUCCUCGCUGGUGGUGGCCCGGAGCAUCCUCAACAACAAACUCAUCAGCAAGAAGCUGGAGCGGUACCUGAAGGGCGAGAAUCCCUUCACGGAUGAUCCGGAGGAGAAGGAGGAGCACGAGGAAGGAGAAGGAGGAGCCGGGAACGCCGAGGAAGGAGCGGAGGGAGGAGCGGAGGAGGAGAACAAGGACGAGGAGGAGAACCCGGAGGAGGAGGAGGAGAACCCGGAGGAGGAGGAGGAAAACCCCGAGGAGCGGAACGUCGAGGAGGAAAACAAGGAUCCGGAGGAGAAUCCCGAAAAAGAGGGGGAGGGAGAGGAGGAUCCCAAAAAAGAGGGGACAGAGACAGAGCGGGAGCGCCGGGCACAGACAGAGCCGGAGCAGAACUCCCCAAAUCCAGAGGAUCCAGAGGGAGCUCUCCCGGGGGAAGGGGAGCAGCAGCCGGAGCAGCAGCAGCAGCAGGAGGAGGAGGAGGAGGAGGAGGGAAGCGAGGAAGGCCCCGAGGCCGUGGAAUGAACCCGGCCCGGGGGGAAGGACCCGACGUGUGUGUGUUGGAUGUUCCGGAUCCCGCCGUGUCCGUGAAUGUUUUCCGUUCUCGUCCCGCCGAUCCCGCGUAGCCGGGGGAGCCUCUUCCCUGGAAAGUGAUUUGGGUUUUGUUUCGUUUUCUGGGGUUUUUUUGGGGGACUAGAGGAUUUUUUUUUGUUUUUUACGGAAUCUCCACGUUUAGUCGCUAGUUUUCGUGCGGUCUCUGUUUUUUAGGUGGCUUUGUAGGAGAUUUUUCCUUUGGAGCAUGUGUGGAAGCCGGAGCCGCUCCGGAGCCUCUUCCCCCGGGAACGGGAGCGUGUCCGUGUGGAUCAGAGCUGUGCCCUCGGCCCGGCUGGCUGGGAACGGCAGCACUUCGGUUCCAGGGGGUUUCCUCGAGGCCCUCCGUGACUUCCCAUGACUGUAACGGCCCCAUUCCCGAUGUUUUCCCGGCCCUUUUCCCGCGGAGCGAAGCGUUCAGUGGUGUUGACGUCGUGUUGUUUGUAAACAGGUUUCAUUUUCCAGGUCGAUGUGUCGGUGGGUGGAGAUAAAAAAGGACUUAUCCUGAGUUUA